AUGCGGAGGGGGCGGAAAAAUGAAUUCGGUGCGAGCUCCCAGCGCAGAGCUCGGGGGACGCCCCAAACCCCCUCGGGCAUGGCCGAGCUCGGCAGCCAGGGCUGGAUGGGCGAAGUGCCGGGAGCCGAGGGCGAGCUGCAGGAGGGGAACGGCCCGAGCGGAGCCUUCGCGCUGGGACCCGCCCUGCCCCAGGAGCGCGACAGCGCGGAGGAGGAGGAGGAGGAGGAGGAGGAGGAGAGCGAGAAGCCGAAGAGGAGAGGCCCGAAGAAGAAGAAGAUGACCAAGGCCAGGCUGGAGAGGUUCCGGGCCCGCAGGGUCAAGGCCAACGCCCGCGAGCGCACGCGGAUGCACGGCCUGAACGACGCCCUGGACAACCUGCGGCGGGUCAUGCCCUGCUACUCCAAAACGCAGAAACUCUCCAAAAUCGAGACGCUGCGCCUGGCCAGGAACUACAUCUGGGCCCUGUCCGAGGUGCUGGAGAGCGGCCAGACCCCGGAGGGGAAGAGCUUCGUGGAGAUGCUGUGCAAGGGGCUCUCGCAGCCCACCAGCAACCUGGUGGCCGGCUGCCUGCAGCUGGGCCCGCAGCCGCCCUUCCUGGAGAAGCGCGAGGAGAAAACCUGCGAGCCGGGGCUAGCGGGCCGCUCCUUUGGCUACCAGGGGCUGCCCAGCCCGCCGUACGGCUCGGCGGAGCCGCCGCUGCUGGCCCUGCGGCCGCCGGCCUUCAAGGGCUCGCUGGACGCGUCCUUCGGGAGCCGCGGCCCCCAGCGCCCCUCGCCGCCCUACGAGGCGCCGCUGACGCCGCCGCUGAGCAUCAGCGGCAACUUCUCGCUGAAGCAGGAGGGGCCCCCGGAGCUGGAGAAACCCUUCCCGUUCCUGGGCCACUUCCCGCCCGGCGCGCUCGCCACGGCCCGGCACGGCCCCGGCUGCCGCUUCCCCAGCGCCGCGCCCGGGUACGAGAUCCCGCUGGAGCUGGAGCUGGGCUACGAGUCCUUCGGGCCGCACGGGGCGGGCGCGCAGCUCGGGGCCAUCUUCGGGGAGUGA